GGACACAAAUCCAAGAUUUUGUAAUUUUUGCUCCUUUUACAAAAACCCCUGUUCAAGAAACAUUUGGUUUUUUAUUUUUUUUCUUGUUUUUUUUUUUUGGUUUUAUUAGUGUGAUCAAGUGUGUUGUGAAUAGAAAUGGCGGGAGAAGCAAGUGGUAAGCAGAGAGAGCUUGAUCAAACACCAACAUGGGCAGUGGCUGGUUUUUGUGCUGCUUUCAUCAUUAUUUCCAUUCUUAUGGAGAAGAUUCUUCACAAACUUGGAGCUUGGUUUAUGAAGAAGCAUAAGAAAGCUCUUUUCGAUGCUUUGGACAAAGUUAAAGCUGAAUUGAUGAUUCUCGGUUUCAUUUCAUUGAUCCUCACAUUCACUCAGUAUUACAUUGCUGAAAUAUGUGUUCCGCAAGAUGUUGCAAAUUCAAUGUUGCCCUGUCCUCGUAACAACACUGAUAUUAAGAAGAAAUUAGGUAGGCUUUUAGCGGAUGAUGAAGAAAAGUCACCAUCUAAAGAUUCUAAAUUUACUUGCAAAGAGGGGAACGUACCGCUGAUAAGUAAGGAUGGACUGCAUCAGCUACACAUCCUUAUAUUCUUCUUGGCAGUCGUUCAUGUUUUAUACAGUGCCAUAACUAUGGCUCUUGGGAAAUUAAAGAUCCGAGGCUGGAAGGCCUGGGAGCAGGACACUGCCUCUGAUGACUAUGAGUUUGCCAAUGAUGCUUCAAGAUUUAGGCUUGCUCACGAGACAUCCUUUGUUAGAGCCCACACAAAACUGUGGACUAGGAUUCCCUUCGUGUUUACUAUUGGAUGCUUUCUUCGACAAUUUUUCCGGUCUGUUACAAAGUCCGAUUACUUAACCUUGAGAAAUGGAUUCAUCAAUGUUCAUUUAGCACCUAGAAGUAGGUUUGAUUUCCAAAAGUAUAUUAAAAGGUCUCUAGAGGAUGACUUUCAGGUAGUUGUUGGAGUCAGUCCUGUGUUGUGGGCAUCAUUUGUGAUUUUCCUGCUCAUAAAUGUUGACGGAUCGGAGGCAUUGUUCUGGGUAUCAUUAAUUCCACUUGUGAUCAUAUUAGCUGUUGGAACAAAGCUACAAUCCAUUUUGACACAAAUGGCUACUGAAAUCAUUGACAGACAUGCAGUGGUCCAAGGAAUUCCUCUUGUGCAAGGAUCAGACAAGUAUUUUUGGUUUGGUCGGCCUAAAUUGGUCCUCUAUCUAAUCCACUUUGCUCUAUUUCAGAAUGCAUUCCAAGUAACAUAUUUCUUUUGGAUAACGUACGAGUUUGGUUCAAAUUCUUGCUUCCAUGACAAUUACGAGUUUUUGAUAGUCAAACUUUGUGUUGGAGUGUCAGUGCUGAUUUUGUGCAGCUAUAUUACACUUCCACUCUAUGCCCUUGUGGCUCAGAUGGGUUCACAUAUGAAGAGAUCCAUAUUUGAUGAACAAACUUCCAGAGCCUUACUAAAUUGGCAAAAAGCUGCUAAGAAGCAUGCUGGAAGAGCAGCAGGAUCUACUACUACGCAUAGAGGAAGAACAGAAGAAUCUGCUAAUGGAACGCAUGGAGGAAGAACAGAAGAGUCUGCUAAUCGAUCUUUUGAGGAUGCUAGCCCUAUUCCCAUUGCUCCAGUGGCAUCAGCUUCAACGUCCAAUAUUCACUCCUCACCGCCCACACUUCAUCGCUUCAAGACGACCGGGCACUCUUCUUAUGACGAGUACAAGGCGUCAGUUUUGGAAGUUGAUCCCCUUGCUGAAUCCGCUACAGCCAGAUUGAUUGUAAGAGUUGAUAAUGGUGAUAUGAAUGUUGAAUUAACAUCAGUACAGCCCAGUGAAGCACUGCAGGAUAAUGAUUUUACAUUUGGGACGCUAGCACCCCCACACAAAAGUUGAUCAGGGCAAGUGUAUAAUAUAGUCACCUGAUUUACUUGUAUAGUUCUCUUUUUAUGUAAAUCAAGCAGCCUGUUGUAGUUCACAGUUUUGUCCAUUAAUCAAAAAGCUUUGAAGCACAUUUAUCAGUAAA